UUUCGCUUGCCGUAGAAAUCCCGGAAAAACUGUGGACAUGGUUGUAGGCAGCUAGCCUCUGCGCUGCUAGCCAUUUUAGGCGUUUUAUUGUCAUGGCAAAACGCUCUGUUGAGGGCGAAAUCUUGUCUGUUGGUGAAGGAGGAUGUGGUGGGGAUGUGGCUGAAUAAUGGGAAACGUUUUUGGGAGAAAGAGCCGACCUUCUCGUGUAACCGAUCAGGACAAAGCUAUUCUGGUGAGCUGAUAGCGGCUACGACAACAGAUUAGUCCCGUUACAUUCACACAUGAAUUAAUAUCAUCCGAGCUUGCAUUGUAAUGUUAUUAAGAUGUAAAAAAUGAGUUUGGAGGUGUUGAAUGUUUAGUAACAUGUGGAAUUGAGCCAAAUAGAGAUCUUCAUCCAAAAUAAUAUUAAACAUUACAGCCAAAUUGUGCAUAAAACUGACGCAGAAACUGUUUAAAAAUGACCCCAAAUGUGGAAUAUCACAUCUACCAUAAAAUGAAGCAUCCUGUUGAAGUUUGUGUUGGUAAAUGUUGGCUCUGUUCCUCAUUGAAAUAAACCUGGCUUUGUGGUAUUUUCUCCCCCCUCACCAGCAACUGAAGCAGCAGAGGGAUAAGCUGAAGCAGUACCAAAAGAGGAUCACCCUCCAACUGGAGAAAGAGAGGCUUUUGGCAAAGCAGUUGCUUAAAGAUGGAAAGAGGGAGUAAGUAUGAAAACUAGUUAACCCUUUUCAGUGUUGGUCCUGAGGGAACAACAGCACAUUGUCAGAAAACAUGCAAAAAUAAAGCUAAUGCAAACUAGGAAAAUAUCUUCAUCAAGCGGACAUUAUAUGUGGUUAAAAAUUCAGGAAUGGGUGUGUGUAUGUAUGUAUAUGUAAAUGUAUAUAUAUAUUGUUAUUAUUAUUAUAUAUAUUUUAAUGUAAUCUUAUUAAGAUAUUUUUAUUCUCUGUUAUUUUGUUGUUAUUCUCUGUUGUUAAUUUUUUGUUGUUGUUGUUUUUGUUGUUGUUGUCGCUCUGUUUUGUUGUUAAAUAAAAAAAAAAAAAAAAAAGAAGACCAGCUAAGAUGAAGUGUCUCCAGAUGGUAACAUGAAAAAAAAAAUCAUGAAUGGGGAAAUUAUAGUUGUAAAUAAAUGCAUCAGAUACAAUAAAUACUGGGUGGACAAAUCAUGUGCAGCACUAAAAUGACUUGCUGCAAAAACAGACCACAAACAACAACCCAGCUCUGGAGAUAAUGCAACCGAAUCCUUUCAAGCGUACAAAAACAAAAGUGAAAGUAGUUGUUUAAUCAACUAUACUACUAAUACUACUACUAAUCAACUACUAUAGAAAUACUUAAAUGUCUGGUCCACUAAACACACAUACAUUGCUUUGUAUAGGAUAUAUUUUGAUCUCAUUUCAGUUUCAUCUACCUACUAACAAGUAUUUGCAUAUGUUCUCACAAAUUACGUGUUUUCACUCUCAACAAGGCCAUCAUACUUUUAUGUGUAGAUGCGAGGCAGUGUGUGUUCAGGCACUCAAUGAAAUCACUGGUAUAAAAAAGCAAAAACAGUAUUUCUUGUGAUACAGACAGCAUUUUCAUUCCUUUGUUGAGGCAUUGAAGUGACAGUAACAAGGAACACAACACACUAAAUUAGAUGCAGAUAUUAAUGUAGUUAAAACCUGAGUUCUUCACCAUCUCGUACACCGUUUUUGCAAUGUCUUUGAAGCAGUUUUUUAUGACCAUAUUGUCUUUGAAAUGUCUGUGCAUUCAAAAAAAAAAAAAAUCUGUUAAAAAAUUACACACCAGUAAGAUGACAUGACAUUCACUCAAUCAUAUAGGCAUUUGUGAAACAAAUUUCCAAAAAAUGUCUAUUUCCAAAACUCUUUCCAUAUCUGAAUGUUAUUUUUUUUAGGUUUUCCAUGAUCAUUUGAAUCGAUAAUGUGGACUGACUUUCCACAUCUGCUUUCUGCAUCUGUUUGAUUGAUGCAAACUAUCAGAAUCUAAUUCUUUUGUUUUGAUAUUUUUUUGUGUCGUUGUAGGAGAGCGCUGCUUCUUCUCAAGAAGAAACGCUAUCAGGAUCAGCUGCUAGACAAAACCGAAAAUCAGAUCUCGAACCUCGAGCGCAUGGUGAGUUUUAUAUGAUUACAAUAUUUGAUGCUGGCAAGUUUUUAUUCAGACAAGACACAGCUCAUGGGAAAAUCAGGCGUAAUACCUAAUGAAUCUCUUUUAAAGAGUUAGACGAAGGGUUUACUGUGAUAUUAAAUAUUUAAAUAACUGAAAUAAAACCUUCCUUGGUCUGCUUACAUAUUUCACAAUCAGAAAGCUGUACUUUUAAUCCUUCCCUUUUUUUCUGUGUUAAUCUUCUUGGAUGCCGUGUAAUUAAACAGAGCAGAUUUUUUUUUGCAAAAUCCAACUGAUGUGAUCAGAAUGAUUGAGUGACGAUUGAGUGUUCACACUGUUAGUUUGAUGGUGGAAUUACUGUGCAUAAAUUACAUAUUCUGUCAGUAUUGCAUGAGAAAUUUAAGGCAGAAUACAGUUUUUUAAUACGUCAAGGAAAAGCUUACAGCAUGUGCUUUUUCUGCUGUGCAUGCCUGCGGUUUUGCAUAAUUUUUUCAUACUCAUGUUUGUUUACAGGUUCAAGAUAUUGAGUUCAUGCAAAUUGAGAUGAAAGUCAUAGAGGGGCUAAAAGUUGGAAAUGAUUGCCUGAAGAGUAUGCAUGAGGUAGGUAUGCUUUAAGUGGUUUUUCAUGCCUUUUGUGCUAAAACAAAGUGCCUCCCACACUCACAUGAUAAUAACCCCCCUCUUAAAGCAUCAAAUAUGCGAGAGUAUACUCCAACAGACGUAAAGUUUCCCCAGAUAGGCAUUCUUUCUUUAAAGUGAUCCUUGGGUGAGGAUUGUGCAGCAGAGAAAGCGUGUGGAUUGUGUUAGCGUAGCUGGUGCACAUUGUUUGAAGAUUAAAGGAUUAAGAGGCAAAGCCUUGACUACAGCGGUGUGACUGCCGCACAUCCUUGGAUACAGUGCACAGAUCUUACUCAGGAAAACUCACAAGCAAGCGAGGAUGUGCAGAAAAACACUUUUCUCCCCAAACACUUUGUUCCCAUAAAGCUGACUUUACUUUCUUGUUUGUCACAGAUCAUGUCAAUUGAAGAUGUGGAGAGGAUCCUGGAUGAGACACAGGAAUCUAUUGAAUAUCAGAGGGUAAUGUCUGCUUGAUGACGAUGACACUUUUAUUAGUUUGUAUAAGUUUGUAUUGAAGAAACACCUUUUGAGUUAAAUAUUUAAAUGGCACUAGAGUUAAAGGGAUAUUCCGGCGUAAAAUUAAUUUAAGGUCAAACACAAGGUUAUACUGAGUUAGACACCCCCUAGAGAGAUGAAUGUUGCCGAUCGCUUGUUUCUCUAGUUAUACCAACUUUAGUAAUGACCGCACGAUAGCAAUACACAGCAGUCUGAGGAGCCAUAAACAAACCUCAAUCAAAACGCCACUCUAUAGCCACAAAUAAUGCUCAGAACAGCACCUAACUUCAUCAACAGUACAUAUAGGGUCGUAGCACUAGUCACCAAACAUCUUUUUAACUUUGCCUAAUUUCUUUAGCAAAGAGACUAAACACAACUCACCUUCUCUCUUCCAGCAGCCGCUUGUUUGUAGUGAGACCUCAGGCAAGUCCAUUACCGACUGCAGCGGGGUGACGCAGCUCAAGGAAGAACAUUUAUGAUCAUUUCUUUAUCAUUUCCUUGAAGUAAUAAUCACCAUAUUAAUCAUUUUGCACUGCAGACGCGUUAGUUAGUGUCUCAGUCUGAUUGCAUUUCCAUGAAGUAAUGAUCAUAAAUGUUCUUCCUUGAGCUGCGUCAGCCCGCAGCAGUCUGUAACGGACUGGCCUGAGGUCCCGCUUCAAACAAGCGGCUGCUGGAAGAGAGUAGGUGAGUUGUGUUUAGAGUCUUAUUAUGCAAAGUUAAACAACUGUUUGGUGGCUAGUGUUGUGGCUAGGACCCUAUAUGUACUGUUGAUGAAGUUAGGUGCUGGUCUGAACAUUAUUUGUGGUUAUAGAGUGGCGUUUCAGUUGAGCAUGUGGCUCUCUGUAUUGCUAUCCUGCGGUCGUUACUAAAGUUGGUGUAACUACAGAAGCAAGCGGUCAGCAACAUUCAUCUCUCAGGGGGAUGUCUAACUCGGUGUUACCUUGUGUUUGACCCUAAAUUAAUUUUACGCCAGAGUAUACUCAAAGCGUGGGUAGUGCUAAUCCUAUUUCUAACUAGUAACAGCUUUAAUAGUGUUUAUGUCUCACAACAUCAUGGUACAGAUUGCUUUGAGUUGACUGACAGCUUAUCUGUUUUGCUCUUCCAGCAAAUAGAUGAAAUGUUGGCCGGAGCCCUGACACAAGAAGACGAGGACGCCGUCUUAGCCGAGCUAGAAGCUAUCACUCAGGUGUGUGCUAAGCAACAUGUUUCACCUUCAGUGAUAUCCUUUAAUGAUAUACCCUGCUUCACAUUUAUAUAUAACACACUCUCAUCUCGAUGCAACCCGCGCUUCAGCUGUCUAGCGCUGGAGCAGAGCAGUAGUUAGAGAUGUGAUUCAGAGCCGAGCCAGGUUUGGAUUUUAUACCAAAAUUAUGAUGGUAAUUGUGAAACUAGAUAAGUAAAAGUUCUGCCUCUUGGGGGAGGAAUAAUUCCAGCACAGUUAGAAGAAUUUCAGAGCAAGCCAUAAUUUCUUUUUUUUUCUGGUAUGUAAUAAUGGGCUGUAUAAUUGAAACCAUUGAGGAUAUUAAUUUGGCUGAUUCAUAAUAAUUUGAACUGCAGCAGAUGUUUCUGCUUUUGUGAUCUAAUUAUUAUUCCAAAUGACACACUCCUCAAACGCUCUCAGACUACACGCACAAGUGUUUCCCACUCGAGCGCAGACACUGAUUCUGAUUGGAAGUCUUCUCAAUCACGCGGGGAAGAGUACGCAGAACUAUAGCGGAUUAUAUGUAGAUGUUUUGGUUGUACAAUCAAGCAGAUUUUAGGUUAAAAAGUGAGCGAUUUUUACACAUCUGUGUCUUUGAAUGAGCUCAGCCAAAGCUUGUUGGUGUCUCAAGAAUACUCAUGUCUCGCUAACUCGAGGAGCGGGAUCACAAAGCAAGCUGUCUCACAUUUUGACCCCCUUUCCGAAUCACAAAAAUGCUCGCCUUUUAAGAGCUGAAACAUCUGUCCCUUCUCUUGGAACAGGGAGAAGAUGUAGCACUUCCAGAGGUCCCCACUGAGCCGGUACCUGAGAUCCCAGAGGCAGCUACAGCUGAACCAGGUGCCGUCAAUUUUAUCUCACACAACGAAGAUUACACUUCACACUUUUGUGUAUUUGUAACUGCCGCCAGAUUGAUCAUAUUUGCUUUACUGUGACUUUCAUUUCCAGAGAGGAGAGAAGCAAAGAAAAAGCCAGAGAAGGAGAUGCUGGCAGCUUAACAGACUGAAUUUGUGGAUGGGAGUUGGCGUUCUUUCUACUGAUAGACACUCUGUGAUUUUGGAUAGUCCUUUCUUAAAUGUUUGUUGAUGAUGGAGCCUUUGCAGUGCACCUUCACAGCUUUUACUGGAUCAGCACUGUGUUUGUACUCUGGUACUCUACUCCUCUGAAUAUCUACAUAAAGAAAGUGAAGCGUAAUGACCCUGGGGGGGUAAAAGCAGUUUCUCAUCGUGACUCUUGUGGUUUUGGCCUAACGCACUGAAAGGACUCAAUCGUAGAUGUUUUACACAUAAAAUCACUUUGUUUCUAUAGUAAAUCGAGCUGUGACAAAUACGUG